CGCAGCCGGCAAGCCGCAGCAGCGCCGGUCGCUGUGUCCCGACAUGGGCUGCUCCAGCAGCGCCCGCAGCCGCCCUCAGGAUCCGCCGCCCGCGGACGGGACGUCUCCGUGGGCAUCAUCAGGUAAAAAUAGCCCAACUGCAGAUGAUCAUGAAACUGUAGCUGACCAAACACAGCUGGACCCAGCGGAGGAUGUGAGUCUCAUCUCUGAGGAGACAAACCCUGGCAAGCAUCUGCUAGGAGAGGAGGCUGCAACUGUGAUUCUGGCUGUAGAAGGGAAGAUGGAUUCAGUCAGUAAAAGGGAGGAGCCAGAGGGCAUCGAGCCCCUGCCUGCAGAAGAGGAGGAGAGCUCUGAGCUGCCACCUGCAUGGCAGGAGGACAGCAACAGGCCUUCACCUCCAGCACCAGGAGAAGAUGCUGGGGCACCAUCACCAGGACCAGUAGAGGACAGUGGGCUGGCAGAGGGCAAUGACAGCUCUGUAGUGGAAAUCAGCAAGAAAGUACAUAUUACUGAAGAGGACCACCUCAUUGAGGGUGAGACGAGAGAACAAGUGGAAACUGAGCUGCUCAGUGAGAUAGUAAGUGGAGGGCCUGAAACAAAAGAAGAAACAGGAGAAGCUGUGGAUAGCGCAGCAGCGGCGGAGAUAGAGACACCUAAUAACAAAGAAUAGAAGUUAUGUCUCUAUGACACCCUCUCUUCUUGGGCCAGCUCUUCUGUCCACAUGAACAUUUUAAAAAUCUCUUGGGUUCGGAAAAAGUAAAUCUUUUAUGGAUUGAGCCACAAGCCACAGACAUGAAUGAGAGUCAUCAGAAAAAGUUUUAUAUAAUUUUUUUUGAAGUCAAGCUGCCAAGACUUCAAGUGUUUGAAAUACCUGAACUUUCACCUCCCUGCCACAGAGUGCCUUCUGUAAAAGGGGAUCAUGUCCCAGCAGCAGUGUAACCAUUCAGUUUUCAAUUGGGACUUGUUUUGAUAACUAACUUCAAACUGGUAUGCAGGCAAUGUCUCCGAGUGCCUGGACUACCAGUACAUGGUGCUGCUGAAGCGUAUAGCAAGUAGAGCUCUGGUAGGUGAAAGUGCCCAUUUACCAGGCAGUAACUAAAUGCAGAAGUUAACUUUCAAGAAAAUGGAAGACACACUGGGUGCAGUGUCCAGGACCCAAGUGGGUGUCUGCUGCUCACAUUUUUAAACACAAACUUAUUGCAAAGUUAGUAGUACAAUACAUGUGGCAAGUUCUGCAGAAACAGGGAGGAGAGGGCUUUUUUAAUGGUGAGUAGGAUGUUCUAGCCUUACAAAUUGUAGCACACUUAAAAUAUACAUCCUCUCAGCUGUUAACAUUCAUGGCCAUUAAUAACCUGUCAUUAGCUGUGCAGCUCCUCAUACACAUUUGUGGCUUCUAAAAUAGAUUUCUAACCAGAGACAUAAAUAAGGCUCUUCCCAAAGGACAGGUCAUCUACUAUAUUUCCCUGUAGUGCUGUUCUCCAGAAGAAGUAAGCUGUCAGGGAUUGUCUCGCUUCUUUUCCAAAAUGCUAAAGAAUCACUUUGGAGCUGAAGCUGAAUAGCAAAGCUUUCAAAUUUCCUGUGAAAUUGGUAUUAUGGAUCAGGUAGAGAUUAGAAAUUUGUUCUGAUGGUAAAUAUCACAAAAUGACUACACAUUAUGUAUUAGUGGGGACUGUGUUUAUACGAUCCUCUGGCAAAAGAAACCAGAAUAGGAGAAAUGGUCAGUUAUCUAUAAAGGGCAAGCACAUGUUACUAUUUCAUUAGUUUUAUUGUCAAAAAGGACUUCACAAAAUCUUUUUUUCUGUCACUAGAAAAUGACACAAAUCUCCUUUAAGAACUAAGUUUAGUGCCGCGUGUGCACAUGUGACUCCAUCUGGUUUUCAUUUGUAUUAAAUAAUCUAAAUUAUAUCCUUGGCCUAUCAGCCUUUUGUGUAAGCUGAUAUUCCUCAGGUCUACCACGAAAUCUAUGUUUUUCUGCUCAUCAGCACUCUUACAAAUUUGUCAUCUUCAUUUAACGCACCUUACUGUAGGCAAUACCA